UGCCGACAAAAGUUUGUAAUUGUAAUUUGCAAAAUAGCAUAACCUCAACUCAGUUUUUUUUUAUCAAUGUCAACGUAAAGUAACACUAGAGAGACCUCACCUCUCCCAAAUUCAAAUUUUGUGAAUCCACUAAAUCGCCCGCCCAAACACAUCCACAAUCAGCUCCUCCUCAAUCUCCUAAUUUCGAAUUUCUUUUCUUUUUUACUUCUCUCUGGUUCUAGGCUAUUUAAACAAUAGUCAAUACCAUACCCUAGGGAAACUAAUCUUCAUUCUCUGUUUCUUGAUGGCAAACUCAGAUUCUACUCUAGCUGUUCCUGCUUCUUCUGCUUCCCCUCUCUCUGCAAAGAAAGAGAAUGUGAUACCGGCUAGCUCCAAAAUCGCGGUACAUAUUUCCAGCUCCUUUAAUGAAUUGACUGAAUCAAGGCAAGAGCUGCUGAAUAGGAUUCAGAGCUUGAAAACAGAUCUUCAAAGCUGGAGAUAUAAGUUAGAUGGCCAAGUAAAGGUCUAUCGUGAUGAACUGUCGGAUCUCAAGAAAUCACUGAAUGUUGAAGUGGAGCAACUUAGAUCUGAAUUUCAAGAGUUAAAAACAACUCUUCAGCAACAGCAGGAAGAUGUCACUGCGAGCUUAAGAAACUUAGGGCUCCAGGAUGCCUCAGAAGAAACGAAAGAGGCCGAAGAUGUCAAGCCUGAUGUUAACAAUGAAGAGAAUGCUGAGGAUUUGCCUAAGGACAAUGGUAAAGACACUGAAGAGUAGGCUGAGUUAUGUGCAUCCUUUCCCUAAACUUCAUCUUCUUCGAUGAGAUAUGGCUGGGAAUUUUGUGCUAGGUUAAGUAAUCUUCUCUAUUCUCAUCUAUGAUGAGAUCAAGUCUUUCAUUGAAUUAGGUUUGGUGAAUGACUUCUUUUUUGUGAAGCUGUUAGUUCAAGGAUUUUAGUUGUAAUCUGAUGGAUCAUUUAAUAUUGCACGGAAGUCACUUAACUAUUUCUUGUAA